UGAGCCAUGGGCACCGCACCCGAACGAGCUGGGCAGCACUCUUCCCCGCUCCGCCCCCCGGCGCCUCUUCGCCGCCAGCCGCCUCGCGCCGACGUGGGCGUCCGUGAAGUCCACGGUGGCGUGGCUGCACAGCCGCCAGGCGGGGACCAGCCGCUCGAGCGCCGCGCUCCCGAGCGGCGCGGUCCUGUGGAUCGAUGCACGCGGCCACGCCGUCCCAGCUCAGUGGCUCGCGCACCAGCUCCCGAAACCGGCAGCUGACGCAGGACACCUGAGCAGGCCGCGCGGCUGCCCCGCAGGACGAAGCUCAGGGCCCCGCACCACGCCUCCCCAGGCAGCUCGGGCAGCGCCGCCACAGACGCUCAUUCCGAGCGGGCGACGAAGAGAACGGGGCCUCACUCGGGGAGACGUCUAAAUCGAGCCUGGGGGACUCGAACUCGCCUGACGAAAUGGCCAAAAAAACAUGACAAGACUGAACCUGACAUUCGUCGCGAACGCGUGCUGCAAACCCCUCACGGAAACUGGACCGUCAAAACUCCUACAGGGACCGUCAAAAAUCGUUGGGCGUUGCUUGAUUCAUUCGGGUCGGGCGAAAGGGAGGGAUAGCAAAGGGGGGGUUUGAGAAUCAGCUCACGUAGCUGAUUUUCCCGGCGCCGGAGGCGGCUAUGUAUCGAGGAAUGGGCCCCUCGGUGAGGCCGAAACAAGCUGUAUGCAGCAGAUUUCGUGGCCCCUCCUUUCCCAAUCCCCCCCUGUCGCCCGGCCCGAGAAACGGGGGGGAACAACGUGCACCUCUUGUGCCCCAGAGGGCCCCUUUGGGCUCCUGCUCGGCGGCGAGAUCAGGGGGGCAGGCAGAGAGGGGGCGGGCCUUCGCAGACGGCUCGGAAGGCCCCCGGCCGCCUGACUCAUUUUCCCGAAGCCCUCCCCGAAGACAGCGGACGGCUGCCCAGAGUGCCGCCGGAGGGCUUGCCAGCAGCCCCGCCGCUUCCUCCGACCAGCCACAACUGGGGGAGCUGUGGUCCUUACCCCCCUGGGGGAAC